AUGGCGAGGUUCCAGGUGGCCCAGAUCAAGGUGAGCUGGACGGCACUCUUGGCUCUGGCCCACUUCACAUACCUGCUGCUGGGGGCAACCGUCUUCCAGAUACUGGAGCGAGACGCAGAGAGCAACAACCGAAACCACUUCCAGCUGGAGAAGUUGAAUUUUCUGGCUAAUUACACCUGCCUCGACGGCCCGGCCCUGGAGAAGUUUGUUGAGGUGAUUUUAGAUGCCUGGGAAAAGGGGGUGAAUCCCUCUGGCAACUCAACCAAUCCCACUAACUGGGAUUUCAGCAGCUCCUUCUUUUUUGUUGGAACAGUGGUCACAACCAUAGGCUACGGCAAUCUGUCUCCCAGCACUGUGUCCGGUCAGGUGUUUUGUGUUUUCUACGCUCUGUGUGGGAUCCCGCUCAACCUGGCCUUUCUCAAACAGCUCGGGAAGUGUCUCACCAUCCACUUGGGACGACUGGAGAGGGGCAUGGUCUCGCUCGUUCCACACAAGCAAUCCGUUGAGGUUCUGGCAGUGAGUUUGUUUCUCAUCACGGGCAGCCUGGUGUUCCUGGUCAUCCCCACUCUGCUGUUCACUUACGUGGAAGAAUGGUCGUAUGGGGAGGGCUUUUAUUACGCCUUCAUCACCCUCAGCACCAUCGGCUUUGGAGAUUAUGUCGUGGGGACUGAUCCACACAAGCAGUACAUCUCAGUGUACCGUAGCUUGGCGGGGGUAUGGAUCAUCUUUGCCUUGGGUUGGCUUGCUCUAAUCCUCAACAUGGGAGCCAGAUCAAUGGAGUACGCAAUCAGCCUCACAUAUCCAGGCUUUAAGAAACAAGAGGAAGAAGAAGACAACAUUUCAUCCAGUAAACAGGAAGAUGGGUCAGGACAGAGGGCCAUCCAGUCCAAGAUCUGA